CGAGGGCGGGGCCUCGCGGAGGAGGAAGCAGGCCAAGCCGGGCGGCGGCUCUCCAGGGCGAACCAUGGACAGCCAGGGCAGGAAGGUGGUGGUGUGCGACAACGGCACUGGGUUUGUGAAGUGUGGCUAUGCAGGCUCUAACUUUCCAGAACACAUCUUCCCAGCUUUGGUCGGAAGACCUAUUAUCAGAUCAACCACCAAAGUGGGAAACAUUGAAAUCAAGGACCUAAUGGUCGGCGAUGAGGCGAGUGAGCUGCGCUCCAUGUUGGAGGUUAACUACCCCAUGGAGAACGGCAUCGUGCGAGCCUGGGACGACAUGAAACACCUGUGGGACUACACGUUCGGGCCAGAGAAGCUGAACAUAGACACCAGAAACUGCAAAAUUUUACUCACAGAACCUCCCAUGAACCCAACCAAAAACAGAGAGAAGAUUGUAGAGGUAAUGUUUGAAACUUACCAAUUUUCUGGUGUGUAUGUAGCCAUCCAGGCAGUUCUGACUUUGUAUGCUCAAGGUUUAUUGACUGGGGUAGUGGUGGACUCUGGAGAUGGUGUAACUCAUAUUUGCCCAGUGUAUGAAGGCUUUUCUCUCCCUCACCUUACAAGAAGGCUGGAUAUUGCUGGGAGGGAUAUUACCAGGUAUCUUAUCAAGCUGCUGCUGUUGCGAGGAUAUGCCUUCAACCAUUCUGCUGAUUUUGAGACAGUUCGCAUGAUUAAAGAAAAACUGUGUUAUGUGGGUUACAAUAUUGAGCAAGAGCAGAAGCUGGCCUUAGAGACCACAGUGUUAGUAGAGUCCUAUACACUCCCAGAUGGACGCAUUAUUAAAGUUGGAGGAGAAAGAUUUGAAGCACCGGAAGCUUUAUUUCAGCCUCACUUGAUCAAUGUUGAGGGGGUUGGUGUUGCAGAAUUACUCUUUAAUACAAUCCAGGCAGCUGACAUCGAUACCAGAUCGGAAUUUUACAAGCACAUUGUGCUUUCUGGAGGCUCAACCAUGUACCCUGGACUGCCAUCAAGGUUGGAACGAGAGCUUAAACAACUUUACUUAGAACGAGUUCUAAAAGGAGAUGUGGAAAAACUUUCUAAAUUUAAGAUACGAAUUGAAGAUCCACCCCGCAGAAAGCACAUGGUGUUCCUGGGUGGUGCAGUCUUAGCCGACAUCAUGAAGGACAAAGACAACUUUUGGAUGACUCGACAAGAGUACCAGGAAAAGGGCGUGCGCGUGCUGGAGAAGCUCGGUGUCACUGUUCGAUAAAGCCAGGCUGUUCCCAUCCUGCCUCUAAUGCAGUCUUCUUUCUCUGUUUUUGUUUUUGGUUUGGUUUGGUUUUCAUUCUUUUUUUUUUUUUUUAAUUUUUUUCUUUAUUGCCAGUCUGAACUCAUUCAACUCCAGGACUGAAAGAGGCCUCUCUGUCCCCUUUGACUGGAAAGGUCAAGUUUAUUCUCUAUCUUGGAGAAGCAUUGUUAAUGUGGAUAAAUCUGGUUGUUUAAUGCAACCACUCCUCUACCAACAUCACCCGUGGGCAAGGGGUCUCUGCUGCUUUCUUCCUUUCUAAGUAGGCAUUUAGCUCUUUCCUGUAGGCUUUCUAUCUUUGCUUUAUUGCUUUAAUGCUGCUAGUUUUAGUUUUAGCACUCUAGGUGGUAUGUCUUUAUUAGCAUAAGAGAAAACUUUCACAUGAGCUUUUACAUAUUCUGGGUGGGGGUGGUAAGGGAUGGGUGGGCAGCCCUGAGUCCUUCAGGGCAUUUCUUCUGUAGUGUUAGCUUUCAGCAGUCAGCUGCUGCCACUUUGUAAGUACCCUGAAGCUUGUCCUGUUAACAUCUUCAGGAAAUAGUAAGCUCAGAACUAAGGUGUUUGGGUAGGUUUUGUGUGGUGGAACAAAUAGGCGGUCUUCCUGGUGUGGUUUUGAGGAUUUCUGCUUCUGGGUAUGUGAGAUGAACCUCAGUUACAGUACUCUGACUUGGUAGGCUUCUUCUUUUGGUCUGCCUCGAACUGUUUCCAUAUGGUAGAAAAAAAGCAAGCUUAGUGUUUUGUUGCCAUGCAGCCUAGGGAUUAAUUCCUUAUCUCAGCUGGGAGUAUAUUUCCUAAACUAUUAGAGAGAAAGUAAUAUUUUAAACAAGAUGCUUUUGCUAAGUCAAAUUACAGAUAGAAAGUUCCUAAGGGCUGGUGUUUUCUAAAUGCUGUUGUUUAUUUUGAAAGCAUUGAGGUGAUGAUGCUAAGUACCAUUCUUGAAAGUUGUACUUUUAUGUGCCCAUCAGUGCUUCUUGACUAAAGCAGCUACACAGUACACACAGCUACUGGCAGUGGGUUAUAAUUGUUGUAUUAACAUUAACAGUGGGACUUGUUGCCAGUUCGUUUUUGUUUUUUAAGAGACCUGGAACUAAAAUUUUAGCAACAACAAUAGAAAAUGUACCAGGAGUCGACUAUGUUUGUCCUGAAACUAAUCAUGAUGGCUACUGCCCAGCCGUCUUUUGUUCUGGGGUUUGGAUGUCUGCAGACCUGUCAGAAGAUCCUGUGUAUGAGUCCUGUUAGUAUUGUUUGUUAUCUCAAAAAAUAUCAGGUAGUACCUAGAAGUGAGUGAGGUCUUUCUAACAUUAAAAAUGAAAUAAUAAGAUGUUAUAUCACAAUGAAUACAAAAUCAUGAUUCUGGGAAAAUAUUUUCCUUCAUUUCAAAAUAUUUUUUGCUAAUGAUAAAUGUGGAAGAAUGACUUUUCCUUUUUCCUUUCUUUUUGGAUGCUUAAAAUCAGAAUUUUUAGUGGAUUUUUUGAGAUAACUUUAAAAUUAGUUUAUAUAAAAUCAGCAGCAAAAGGAAGUUAGUCUUAAUUAUGCAGCUUCUGUGAUAUUAAGUAUUUUUGCCUGUUUUACCUCAAUUUGAACAAAUAGGAGAUGUCUGUGUGCAUGCUGGACAUGCUCAGUACACACAACCACCUGCCAGUGCCGGCUGGUCGGUGUUGGGUGCAUGACUCAGAGUCCUAAGCCUUCCUAAAUCACGUUGUCAGAUACCCUAUCUUGGAAGUCCUGGGCCCAUUCCAGGACACCUACUGUGUAUAGGACUGGUACCAGUGACUGUUGAGUGCAGAAAAAUGGUUGACUCUUGGCUUUGAGCAUGGUUUUAAAUACAGGGGUAGAAAACAAGAAAGAAUGGGGUAGAAUCCUAAACAAAACAUGAAAGAAAGAGCAUUAUCAUUUGUACCUUGAAUGUAGAAUUUGUUUUUAUUUCAUAAUUCUGCUAGCAAACAUGACUGUUAAAAAUGAUGUAUUUAUAUAUGUAAUAAUUUAGAAAUUCCAUUUUAUAGUUUUCCUAUUCUAAGGUGAAAUAAUGAAUUUAAUAAUCUGGGAGUUGGGACAUACUGUAUUCUAUUGGAGGUGUCAGGUUUGAGUCCUUCAAAAACUAAAAAAAAUUCUGUUUUUUAAAGGAUCUGAUUUUUAGCUCUUGAAACCCAUUGUCGCUUAGAAUUCCAAUGCUAAAGUUCCUUUUUUAUUUUUGAAUUAAAAUUACCAAUGCCUUGAGGGGUUUCUUAGAAAAUGUGGUAUUGGAUGUUAGCUUCACAGUUCUGAGCACUGUUAGUGUCUAUCUGGCAAGUAUUUGAGAGAUCAAUGGAAAGCUAAAUAUUCUAAAUUUAACACGAAUAUACUUCUUUUUGAUUAAGAAAAUAAAUCAGAUUUUUCAAAGUAA